GCGACUUCUCCGGUCCAGUCUUAGCGUCCAACGUCAUAAAUGUGCGACUGUUCGUCAAAACUGUGCUAUAAUUAACGUGGAGAGCCACCUGAGUCUGUUUGAAAACAAAAGAAAACAGGAGCUUUUUCUCAGCUUAGACGCUGUUUCUAAUGGGAGGUCAGUAGGAGGUCAGCGGCGGCAGCAGGGAUGCGGAUCCAGCUGAAGGGUCCCGGCCAUGCCGCCACCCUGCUGGCGGAGCUCAACCGCUGCCGGCUGACACGUCAGUACUGCGACGUGUUCCUGCAGGUUGGCAGCCGAACGUUUGCGGCGCACCGCGCGGUGCUGGCCUGCGCCGGCACCUACUUCCACAACCUGUUCAGCCGGGCGCCGACCACGAUGUCCCCAGCGUUUUCUCUGGAGUUUGUCUCGCCAGCCAACUUCGAGAAGGUUCUAACGUUCGUCUAUACCGGGGAGAUCCUGAUCGACCUCAUCGACGUCGGCGUGCUGUACGAGCUGGCGGAGAGGCUCGGUGUCGGAGAGCUGGUGCAAGCGUGCCACGCCACCUUUCCGGACUUGCAGGUUUCUGCUAAAACGGGUCGAGACGGAGAGCUGCUGCUGGACUCGGUGUUAGUCGGCGGCGGUGCGACCUCUGAUCCAUCGUUGUGCUCCUCUGCAGCGUCCUGCUCUUCGCUCUCCUCAUCGGUCGGUCAGUCUGCGGCGCCAACACCUGCCACAGCUCCUUCACCUCUUUUCCAGAGAACCGGCAGGUUAGAAACCCAGGAAGCAGGUCUGACUCUGGACCUGAAGGCCGAAGACUUCCAGUCCCACAUCGGUUACGGGCAGAUGCCGAGCCGCCCUGCGCUGCAGCUGAAAACCGAGCAGAGCCGCGACGACUGCGUGACGCAAUGCAACCCUGCGCCCUCCGACCUCUGCUCCCUCCCGGACUCCUCCGCUCAGCUUGGACCCGAAGCACCGACCUCCUCCUCUGGAGAGCCUUCAGCCGGCCUGCAGGGGGCGCCGGUGACAAGCAAACAGGGAGACUGUGUGCUGAUGUUUGAGGAGGUUGAAGCGAGGGAGAGUAAAGGUGAGAUGGAGGAAGAGGAGUGGCGACAGCUGGCUGGAGAAAUAAUCGAGCUGAGCGAUGAUGAGACCUACAUGGAGGAGGAAGAUGAGGAAGAUGAUCUGGUGUGUGUGGAGAACGGCGCAAGAGACGAAGGGAGCAGGAGCAGCCUGGUGAGCAGAAACCAGUUGUCUUGUAAAGCCUGCUCUGCGCCGCUCCCUGCAGACCCGGCCGCGGUGAAGCGACACGCCGAGGCUCACCUGACGGAGCUGGGCCUCUGCCGGCUGUGCGGCGCCUCGUUCCCGGACCGGGCCGCCGCCGUGGCCCACUCCCUCUCCCACGUCAGCGUUCAGCUCUUCUCCUGCGAAAUGUGUCGGCAGGAGUUCUGCAGCCAGAGCAAACUGCUGCGCCACCACCACCAGACGGCCGCUACCUACAGCAUCCCGCAGGGGGCGCUGAUGAGCAGUGGACAGGGCUCAGAGCUGAAGUGUGCGGUGUGCACCAAAACCCUCAGCAAGGACUUCCAGACGCUCAGAGACCACCUGCUGAGCCACGUGUGUCUGCAGACCCUGACCUGUGGGGUCUGCCACCUGCCUCAGCUCUCCCUCUGCUCCCUGCUGUGGCACGCCCUCGCCCACCUCUCCCUGCCUGUCUUCACCUGCCCUCACUGUGCCUGCUGCUUCGUAGAGCGCCCCCUGCUGGACAGACACAUGGCAGCUCAUGCCGACGAGGCGGCCGCUAAGGAGAAGCAGCGUCUGGCGCACAAAGCGGAGGAGAUGCAUUGCUUCCUGUGCCCACAGACGUUCAUCUCCUCCUCUGCCUUCCAGCUCCACCUCACAAUGCACACCUCAGAGUCCCUGAACGACGGCGGCGGCUGCCUCGGCAAGCGGAAAGCCGACCACUCCCUGGACUGUCCUCCGUCUUCCUCUUCCUCGUCUCCACGCGACGUCGGCAGCCUCUCGAAGAUCAACCUGGGUUUGGGGAUGGCAAUCGGCUUCAGCGUGCCGGAGAAGCUAGGCUUCCCCUCCGCGGCGGGGCAGGACAGUACCGCCAUGGACGGGGCCGUCCGCGGGAAGUGGUACCGCUGUCGCUACUGCGGCAAACGCUUCGCCCACUCCGGGGAGUUCACCUACCACCUGCGGAUCCACACCGGAGAGAAGCCGUACCAGUGCAAGGUGUGCCUGCGGUUCUUCAGGGGCCGAUCCACCAUAAUCUGCCACCUGAAGACGCACGCCGGCGCCCUGAUGUACCGCUGCACAAUCUGCGGACUCUAUUUCUCCACCCUCAAGCUGGUGUCAUCGCACAUGGAGCUCCACAAAGGCCUCCUGCCGGCCGACUUCAACAUCGAGCAGACCUUCAUGUACAACGACCACUCCAAGGAGCCGCUGCUGCCCGCCGCCGACACCUGAUUCACAGAAGAUUUCCAAUUUAUCUCAGAAAUGAUCUGCUAAAACAUGGAGAUUUCUGAGUCUGAAAAGUCACCAGUGUGAGAGAAAAAAAAUCUGAAAUUUUGAUAUAAAUUUCUAAUUGUUUUGAAAAUCAAAAUUAUAAAACUUUUUAAGUUUGAAAGUAAAAAAUGUUUCUGAAAUUAAGCUAGAAAUAUAGAAAAACAUGAACAUUUUUGAGUUUGAGAAGUAAAAAAAUUACUAGAAAAAUUUUUAAACAUUUUCAGCUUCUGCAUUUUAUCCUUUCAACAAUUGUUCAAUCAGUUUGUCCAGUCAAUCAAUUUAUUCGUUUGUCUGUUUAAUCAUUUGUUUGCUCAUCUGCUGGUUUACUUAUCCAUCAGAAUAUCAAUUUAUCCUUUUUUUUUAUCCACCCAUGUUUCUGUUUGACCGUCUGCUAAUCCAUUUGUUCAGCUGUUCAUCCUAUAAUGGCCGGAAGGUGCAAACGACAAAAUGAACUGCAAUAGAAAAACAAAUGCAAACAAAAAAUGUUGCAGCGGAAGAAAAAAAUGCCACAAAUGGCGAAACAAAAACUAAAACUACGAAGCGCCACAAAACAGAAUUGCUCCAGACCACUAGGGGGCGUCAACCACCAAAUCAGAUUCCAAGUAAAGAUGAUAUGAUUUAAAUUGGAUGCCCAGACGAAACUCUAUGGAACAAAAUGUGCCUUUUACUUUAUAUUAUUUUUUUCCAGCAUUUUUCUGUUGGAUUUUUAUUGUUUGUGUGUUUUACAGUUUGUAUCAUUCAUCCAAUAAUUUUCCAAACAUCUGAUAAAUUUAUUCAUUUAUUUUUUCAAAUAUAUAUUUGAAAAUAUCCAAAUCUGUUCUGGGAACUCUGGCAGGGAUUUUGACUCGUACCGAGACUAUUCAGCAAUUAAUUAGUCGAACUGUUUAAAAAUUACAUUUUGAAUUUUUUUGUCCAAAAUAAAAGCACUUUCACAGCAAAAUUAGGAAACUGUCAGAAAACAAGCUAUAAUCAAACAUUUUUGCAUUAUCUGGAGGAUCCAUUGUCGUAGUUUGUAUGUGGUUGUGUAAUUCUGUUUGUUUGUGGAAGAAAGAACAGUCAAGUUGCACUUUUAGGAUCUGGUUGAGGUGAAAAGCCAGAACCAACUGGAAUAUCUCAUUUGUCAUGUGCCUGUUGAAGAAUUAAAUGUGUUUUUAUGUGUGUGGAUAAAUCCUUUUACUCUGUAAGACGUUGGUGAACAUGUGACCUUACAGAAGACCAGUCAGGUCCAAACUGAAGCUUUUUAUCCCUGUUGAAACACAGAAAUCUGUUGUCUUUAUCAAAGUUAAUCUUUCUAAAGGUUGGGUUUUUGUCAGUGAGUGAUAUUUACACUAUUAAUAUAGCUUAUCAUUGUAGCAUCCAGAACUAAUGGUUUUCUUAUUUUUUGUUAGUGUCCUAAAGUUAAUUUUUUUUUAAUUCAGAGUAAAGGUCAGAGUGCAUUUCUUAUAUAUUUUUCUGACUGAGCAGAAAGGAAUCUGUUUAGAACGAGGAAGCCGUUCAUACUGUAACCGUUAACGCGUUUCUGUGAUAAAUGCCUGUCUUAACUCGUAUUUAUAGAUAUUUAUUGUUUUUAUGCCUUUAUACCUUUCCAUAUCGCUUUGUUUUAAAAAUGAAUAAAAUUGAUGCCUCUAGGAA